CGUUCACUAGCACUCUUUGAGGGUCCUAAGCCGGCUUUCAACCAUCACCAUUAGUAGGUGCGAUAUAUUACUUCAAGCUUUCAAUACUCGAUGAGUCAACCGAACGAAUACGGCGGAGGUUACCUGACAGGAGGUUCGCCCUACGGCAGCGCUGCGGGAAGCCCUGGUGGGGCUGGGCGCAGGAGUGACGUCUCUCAUUCCCUUCGACCGCUUACUAUCUUCCAGCUCUUGAAUGCAACCCAAGCCCAUUCUGACGCAGAAUGGAUGCUGGAAGACACGGAAAUAGGACAUGUGACUUGUGUCGCACAUGUUGUAUCCGUCCAGAACCAGGCAACUAAUAAUGUGUACGGGCUUGAUGAUGGAACGGGUCACAUAGAGGCGCGUCAUUGGACUGAUUCUUCCCUAGAAGAAGAUGUCGAUAAAGGGGCGGGUAUAAAAGAAGGGACCUAUGUUCGUGUGCUAGGCAACUUGAAGAUGUUCGGUAGCAAGCGUUACAUCAACGUAAACCACAUUCGGCCCGCAAAAUCUGCAGAUGAGAUCUAUUUUCAUCUCCUCGAGGUGAUGACGGUCACCCUGAUGUGGGAACGAGGAUCACCCCUCCGCCCAGGGCAGCAGGCAUCGGAGACUGUAGGAUCUCAUUCUGUUGCCCAAUCCGACUACACCGCCCAAUCCCAUGGUGGAGCGAUUAACAGUCAAUGGGCCCAUCUUCCCGAGUUAAAUCGAAAUAUCCUUCAGUUCAUAAUAAAUCAGCCAGCAACAGAGGAAGGCGUCAACUCGGCAGCAAUCCUUAGAGCAUUGAAGGCCACUGCUCUGGCAUUAGACCAAGCGAUAGAACAAUUGAUGGAUGACGGGCUGAUUUACACUACCAUCGACGAGUCGCACUUCCGACUUGUACAGGUCUGAAUAGGACUGUCAUAAGUAGUUUCUGGCCGAUGGUCUUUGCCUUGAAAAGGGAACUAUGCUUGGAACUAUGAGGACCGGAACUGCCAGCUUGUUUGCAAUAGGGGCUAGUCACGGGCCUAAGAUGGGUGUCUAUGCGGUAGUACUGUAAUAAUAAUCAUUUA